AUGGAGCACAGCAGUAAUCGCCCGGAGGACUUCCCGCUUAAUGUGUUCUCCGUCACUCCUUACACGCCCAGUACCGCCGACAUCCAGGUGUCCGACGACGACAAGGCGGGGGCCACUUUGCUUUUCUCGGGUAUCUUUCUAGGACUGGUGGGGAUCACGUUCACUGUCAUGGGCUGGAUCAAGUACCAGGGUGUCUCUCACUUUGAAUGGACCCAGCUCCUCGGGCCCAUCCUCCUGUCAGUCGGAGUGACGUUUAUCUUGAUCGCCGUGUGCAAGUUCAAAAUGCUAACCUGCCAGCUGUGCACAGAAAGCGAGGAAAGGGUCCUGGAUUCGGACCAGACUUCGGGAGGACAGUCAUUCGUCUUCACCGGCAUCAACCAGCCCAUCACCUUCCACGGGGCCACUGUGGUGCAGUACAUCCCUCCUCCUUAUGCGUCUCAGGAGCCUCUGGGGAUGAACGCCGCUUACCUGCAGCCCAUGAUGAACCCUUGCGGUCUCGUACCUUCUAGCGGGGCAGCGGCUGCCACACCAAGUCCCCCUCAGUACUACACCAUUUACCCUCAAGACAAUGCUGCAUUUGUGGAGAACGAGGGCUACUCUCCUUUCGUGGCUGUUGGAAACCACAGGCCCAGCUCUGACGCCGACCAGCAGACGGAAGAAGAGGACUGUGUCCAUUUCUCUCCUCCCCCCUAUGAGGAGAUAUAUGCCCUCCCUCACUAG